AUCAUCAGCAUUAACUAAAAAUAAUUAUGAUUGUACUUCAUAAUGACUAGUAAUUUUACGCCUACGUGUCCAAAUCACAGCGACUUGAAUCCACACCUUGUAUGAAAACAGGUAUUUUGGUCCACUCCAAUCAUUUGAGGAGUUGGGCCUGGAUGCAACAUUUUAUCAUGAAGUCCAUAACAACAGUACUGCUGGUGCUGAUGGUGUUUGGCCUUCUGCUAUCAUUUUCUCCAAAUAUAUUUGAUGUUUUGGAAGAAAAUGCGGAUGGGAUCGCAAGGAACAAACGCAAGCAAGCAACGUUAGGGACUGCAGCUGAUAAAUUGUUUUGGUUUGUGCAGGUAUCGGACAUCCACAUCAGCAAAUUCUAUGAUGCCAAAAGAGCACCUGAUCUGCUACAGUUUUGCCAAGAGCAGUUGACAGUAAUAAAGCCAGAUUUUGUUAUAGCGUCAGGAGAUCUGACUGAUGCAAAAUUACCUGAUGGCAGAGGAUCAAAGCAAUAUGCAGAAGAAUGGAAAUUAUAUCAGGAAACUGUGCAGAAGUGUCAUGAUAUUGUUGGUAAAUGGUUGGAUAUCAGAGGAAACCAUGAUGAUUUUGAUGUGCCAUCAGAAGAUGACAAAAAGAAUUAUUUCAGGAAUUACUCAAUCCAAGGACCUAAACAUCCUAACUCCUAUUUGUAUCACCACAACAAACCAUGGGGUAGAUAUUCAUUCAUCGCUAUGGAUGCCUGUCCUGAACCUGGACCAAGGAGGCCUUUCAACUUCUUUGGCUAUCUCAAAAAUAGGAAGAUCAAGCGCCUAAUAGAACAUGAGAAAGAAACAAAUGGAAGCAACAUGACAGUGUGGUUUGGUCACUACCCAACCUCCUUGAUAAUCUUGGAAAAUGGAACAAGAAUUAGGUCUCUCAUGAGAAAUGCUACAGCAUACCUGUGCGGGCAUCUCCACACCAUGGCUGGACUUGUCCCAAAGAUGCAUGCUCGACACAACACUGGCAUGCUAGAGUUGGAACUGGGUGACUGGAAAGAUAAUCGACUAUACAGAGUCCUGGCUAUCGACCAUGACAUGAUCUCUUUCACUGAUGAGAAAAUUGGCAAUUGGCCUGUGAUAUUGGUGACCAACCCCAAACAUGCAAUGUAUAUGUCUGACAAGGAGGCCCUUGAUAGGCCAGCCAACUCAACACACAUCAGAAUUCUGAUUUUCUCCCCUGAUGAUAUAACCACAGCAGAUGUAUAUAUAGAUGGUAUGUUCGUGGGACCAGCUCACCAAGUGCAAGGACCACUGUUUGUGUUACCAUGGCAACCUAAUAAGUACAGGAAUGGUAUACACAAAUUGAGAGUGGUUGUACAGGAUGCUGCUCAGAGAGGUCGUGAUGUGACCCAGCCAUUUACCAUUGACUCUAAAGGAUUAGAACUCCCUUCCUUUCCAGCCUAUAUACUGACAGUCAAUGUCCACAACUUGGCGAAGCUUCUAUUCUGGUUUUUGUCAUGUACCUACAUCGGAGUGCUAAUACUUCUCAGAAGUUGUGAUAACAUCAGAACCAUCUAUAUCAGAGGUAGAUAUAUCCUGCCUAUGUGUGGACCAGUGGUCAGUUUCAUCAAUGGUUGGUUACUGCGGAUCUGGCUUGUCUCUCGCAUCUCUCCUCUUUUCUAUCCAUUGGUCAGCUACACUCUUUACAUCGGUAUUGGUCCUUGGUUUGUGGCUGAAAUACUGGAAGGACACUUUGGAAUGGUUUUCAUCUGGGGAUUAUAUGUUAAAGGGGCAUUUAUUCCAGGCUCACUAGCCUACUUGUAUGGUAUAUUUCAGAUUGUUGUCUUCAACAUUCCUCUAUUGCUAUUUCUUGGAUACCUGAUUCAGUUCUUGCAAGAGGAGAGGCAAGGACGGAGGUCUGGCAAAAACAAGCUGUGUUGUAUAUGUGUUCCUCUGACGGUGAUGCUGUUACUGUCUAUUUACAUGGCUCUGGUAGAGUUUCCUGUUGCAUAUGGAAGUUCUGCCAUGAUAAUGGGUCCUGUGAGAACGGGCUCAAUCAUCUUAAUGCUCAUGCUGGUCUUCCAAGCCAAGAAGCAUGCUUUAUCUAAUCAAUAUAGUUAAUGUUGGUAAAUUUGUUAAUUUAUGUUGAUUUUUUAUCAGUUCAUGCACUAUAAUGUAUUUAAAGUGAGUUUAUUGAUUUGAGAAACCAUGCCGCAGUUUUGAUUC